AUGCCAAGGCAAAAUUUGAAUGUGGAUGGAAAGAUAGGCGGAAGGCAAUGUAAAGUGAGAAAGAGAGGGAAUUCUUCAUCAUCUUCAUCGUCAUUAGUGAAGAAUUAUCGUUUAAAACGCGCAAUUUUGGUGGGUAAAAGGGGAGGGUCGAGCACACCAGUGCCAAUGUGGAAAAUGAUGAAUUCAACAUCCCCAUCACUCAAAAAUGACCAUUCAUUCAAGAAUUUGGAACCAAAAGGUGGUGAAAAGAACAAAGAUUUCUCGGUUUCGGCUCGAAAAUUGGCUGCCACUUUGUGGGAGAUUGAUGGGUUUCCUUCAACCAGAGUGAAAAGGGAAAAUUUGGAGGACAAAAUAAGUGGAGUAGAAAACUUUAGAAAAGAAAGAAUUUUGAAUUCACCCAUACUGGAUCCAUUUCAUAGUCCUAUUUCUGAGAGAAUGUAUCCAUCUGAAGUGGGCUAUCAUCGAAGAAGAGCAUCAGCUGGUUCUCAAAAGCUUCUGCAGGCUGAUUGUAAUUUAGUAGGCAAUACUUCUCUCCAUACUUGCGUAAUAGAGGUUGAUCAGACAAAAUCUCAUGGAAGAAGUCCGUGUGGGCACAUAGUUGGAGUAAAGAAUCGUCUUAAGGAUGUACAUAAUGGCCUUACAACAUCUAAAGAACUUCUCAAAGUAUUAAGUCGCGUAUGUCACCUUGAACAGCAGCACUCUACAGGAUUAUCACUUGUCUCGGCCUUAAAUUAUGAGCUUGAUCGAGCAUAUAUUCAUGUCAAAAAAUUGAUUCAAGAGCAAAGAACAAACUGUAGUGAUAUUGAUAUUUUGCUGAAUCGAUUUGAAGAGGAAAAAGUAGUUUGGAAAAUUAAAGAACAAGAUAGGAUUCGCAGUGCCAUUACAUCUAUUGCUAGUGAGCUCCAAAUAGAGAAGAGGCUAAGGCGACAAACUGAGAGACUGAACAAGAAACUCGGAAAAGAAUUAGCAGAGACUAAGGAAUCUCUUUCCAGGGCAAUCAAAGAGCUUGAGAGCGAGAAGAGGACGAGAGCGAUAUUGGAACAGGUGUCUGAUGAGUUGGCUAGAGGCAUUGGAGAAGAUAGGGCUCAAGUUGAGGAACUAAAACGACAGUCAGCAGAAGUUCGUGAGGAGAUGGAAAAGGAGAGGGAAAUGCUUCAACUAGCUGAUGUACUGCGUGAGGAAAGAGUGCAAAUGAAGCUUUCGGAAGCCAAGUAUCAGUUCGAGGAGAAAAAUGCACUCGUUGACAAGUUGAGGAGUGAACUUGAGGCUUAUUUAAAAUCAAAAACAGGUGAAGAAAAAGGGGAUGGCUCCCCAAGCUAUGAAAAAAUAAAGGAGCUUGAAAAGUAUCUGAGAGAAACAUUGCCCAACUCGUAUCAACACAAAGAUAAAGAGGAGCAAGAUAUGGUGGCAGCAAAUAAAGAAGAACUCGAAUAUGAUGAUGAUUCAGUUGAUAGUGAUCUCCAUUCUAUUGAAUUAAAUGUGGACGAUGUUAACAAGAGCUUCCAAUGGGAUGCUGUAAAAAACAACUCAAAGAGAAAUUCAUUCGAUACAGGCAAAAGUAGAAAGUCUCUUUCCGAAAAGUUAAAAACUCCAACCAUUCCCCCUGAAAGAAAAUUUGCAAAUGGCCUAGAGUGGGAAUACACCAACAAACAAGAAUAUUCGGGUGCUUUUGACAGGGAUAGAUUGUUCGAGUUUUCUUCACAGACUUGGAAAACGAAUAUUGAAGAAGAGAUGGAGAGAUAUAAUAUGAUUGAAGACCUUAGGGACCAUAUUGUGUCUAGUUCCAGAAAAGGAUCCUCCCGAGACUUGCAGAAUUCACAUUCAAAGGAUCCUAAUGGAUCUGUACGUGAAGGAUUGACAGUGUUGCAGGGAGAUAUUUGA